AUGUUCGCUGAGCAACUUCAGUUCAGCCAGGAAAUAACUGCUGACCAGUUGCUUGGAAAUCAGAUGCGGUCAAGGAAAAGACCACUUGAUGAUAUGAAUCCAAAUGGGGAGCCUGCGAAGCGGCUGGAUGACAGGAAUAAGGAGAAUUGUUCUCCAGAAAUGGCUAUGGUCCCGCCGAUGUACCACAGCACACCGCUAAUGGCAGGUCAACGCGACUUCUUCAAUCCAAACAUGGGGCCGCAGAUGCCGUUCUACCCGAACUUCUUUCAACAGCAGUCGACGCUCUCGUUUAUGGAACAGAAUUCGAUGUCUUCUGAUAGUGGAGUAGUUUCGGUAAGCAGAAAUUUUAUAUAG